UAUUCAGAGACACCGCAAAAUCGAGAUUCAAUCCAUCACACAUUACUUCUCUAGUAACAGUCCAAUUUGAUCCCAAACCCUGAUCACCAAGCCGACUUGUCCCAAACGCCUGCAUCCUAUUCCGCCUCCCUUGCACCAUGCCACCCAAACGCAAAGACCUCCUGGUCAAGCCAAAAGGAAAGGCCAAGGCCAAGGCCCAGGAUCCCCAAUCCGAGAACGACUUCUUGGAAGCAGCCGAUGAGCACGAGCAGGCAGCUGGGAAAUGGCGGGCGGGCGAUGCGGCCAAGGCCACUCGGUUCUUCAAUCGCGCUAUCGAGGUGUACAACGAGGGACUGAAAAGGUUUCCAAAGAGCUUUGAUUUGGCUUACAACAAGGCGAACCUCGAGUACAACCUUACAGAAGAUAUACGUAUAAUUCCGCAUCUGGGUCCCAAAAUUCCUCUCUUAGAAGAGACAUUAGUUUCACACCGCGCUGCUAUUCAACUUGCUCCGUCAACCAACACGGAUAUCCUGUUCAACACAGCACAGGUUCUCACUUCGCUCGCAGAAGCAGUGCUAGAAGCGGAGACACAACAGGUCGCCAAAGUUCCAGCAAGAGCGUUGCUAGAAGAGGCCUCGGAUCUGUUUGCGAAGUGUCUAGUGAGUCAGCAGGAGGAAUAUGAAAGAAUGGCGGCGGAUAUGGAGGCAAUGAAGGCACAGCAGCACUCGGACUGGGACAGCGAUACCGUAAAGCAGGGCUACAGCGAUCAAGAUACUAGCGCCAUGGAAACAGCUUCAACCACUUCCUCCGGCCCAGAUGAAUGGGCAACCGUAGAAGAACCGCUCACCCCGUUAGCUAUCCUAGAAACCUGUACCGCUCAACUCUCAGCCCUAACCACGCUUCUUCCUCUGUACGAUCCAGCAGAUACGUCUGCCAUCGAACCUAGGGCGCAACAGGGCCUUUCUACCACAAACAAGUCUAUACCCACACUUCUCACCCUUAUCCAAAACUCGCCCUCCGAUCAACAGCCAGUCGAUGACAAGUCUACCGCCGGCCCGACACUGUCCCUCUCCUCUGAACCAGAAGACAUAGAGACUUCCCCACAGGAUGAUGCCGUUCUCGCAUCUGCCGCCUUCAACGCUGCGCUCGCCGAACUACAAUAUCGCGCCGCACAAAUAACAUCAGCCCAAUACGCCAAUACGAUCGAAUCGCUCUUCACCACUCUCACCACCCAAACGCAACCACAGUCCCAAGAACAGCAACUAGCACGCCAAAACACAAUCUCCGCCUACGCAGACGCCCUCAUGGAUCUCGCAUCCGCCAUCUCCGAGACCUCCCUCUACUCAGCAUCUUCCGCCACGAAUGCCGACGCGGAGAUUCAAUGGACUUCGCUCACACAUGCACAAAAGCUGCUGACUUCACUCGCGUCCCCGCCUAAGGACAACAGCAUUUCUGCACCGCCACCACUCCCAGCGAUCCGCCUUGCGUCCAUCUUUAUGGCUCGUGCUGAUGUAGAUCUCGCUCGCUUUCAUAUCUCCGUCUCUCCUACCGCAGCUCCUGCGUGGGUCUCCAGUCGUGCAGUGCUGAUCGCGAACGCCGGCGUGUUCUACCGCGGGGCUCGGACUUAUGCUGAGAAAGCUGGAGACGCGGCGACGAGGGAGACCGCGGAUGGCAAGGCAGUUGUUGCGGAGGUGUUGAAAGAAGUCAGUGCUGCUGGGGAUGUAAACCCUGGGAGUGUGACGGUGAAAGAGGGGUGGAAGGGGAAGGGAGAGCUGGUUAGGAGGGUUUUGGAGGGGUUAGUCGGGGAAGCAGUUUUGGGGGAGGCGGAAGCUAGAAGCGUUUUGGAGAUUGUUGGGGUGUGA